CCGUCUCCACCGGCAUUUACUGAUAAUGCAGCACUACUUAUUCAAAGGUGAACGGUGAUUGACUAAGUGAUAGCUUCACCCAACGUCGCCGAACUACUGUGCUUCCUUCACCAUCAUGUCCAAUACCCGGCAAAAGGCCAUAAUCGUCACUGGUUGCUCGAAAGGCGGCAUUGGAUUUGCUCUCUGCGAGGAGUACGCGCGCCGCGGCUGCAAGGUGUAUGCCACGGCUCGCAGACCAGAAGCCUUGGAGGGCUUCAGCCAGCCAGGGAUAGAGAAGCUCGCACUCGACGUGACGAGCGACGAAAACGUUCAAAGCGUGAUCAGGACGGUCAUAGAAAAAGAAGGCCGCAUAGAUAUGGUCGUCAAUAACGCAGGGGCCAAUUGUCCAGGUGAGGUCCUAGACGUCCCCUUGAAGUCUGUGCAGCACACGUUCGACACCAACUUUUUUGCAGUUCUCCGUGUCUGCAAAGCCGUCUUUCCCCAUAUGACGUCAUGCAGGUCUGGAACUAUCGUUAAUGUGGGUUCGAUUGUCGGCGAGACUCCGACACCGUGGAACGGUAUUUACGCUGGGAGCAAGGCAGCCCUGCACCAAAUUACGCACGUACUCUGGAUGGAAUGCAAGCCGUUCGACAUAAACGUCGUGUUGGUCAUUCCCGGCUCAGUGAAAUCGCACAUUGCGGACAACGCUGUAGCAUCUCGUUCAACCGCGGUGUCGGAUGAGGGCUUGUACAAGUUAUACAAGCCACAAGUUACGAGCCGUAUCCUUGUCAGUCAAAGACCGUGCUCUAUGCCCGCUUACGAGUUCGCAAGGCGGACGGUGGCCGCGACUCUGGCUCCUAGGCCUCCCCGCUCCAUCAUGAUUGGGGGCGAUGUCAAUGUCUGGAAGAUAUUUGAGUGGCUUCCAAAGACCUGGGUCUUGAGCUGUUUAUGGAAGUUUUUCCUGAAAGUUCGUGAGUAGAGCAUGUAGUCUAGGAUGGACACGUUAUAUGUAAAG